CCGGCUUGGGGCUUUUCCGUUUCCCAAAACGGCUUCCGCUUCCGGGCUAUCCUUUGCCGGAAGCGCUAUACGGCUGACGCAAAAGUGUCGCGCUGCUGGUGAUUCCGGAAGAAACAGCAGUGCGGCGUGAACAUGGGGAAACAAAAGAAAACACGGAAGUAUGCGACCAUGAAGCGAAUGCUUAGUCUCAGAGAUCAGAGGCUUAAGGAAAAGGAUAGAUUAAAACCGAAGAAGAAAGAAAAGAAAGAUCCCAGUGCACUCAAGGAAAGAGAAGUCCCUCAACACCCUUCCUGCUUAUUCUUCCAAUAUAACACACAGCUGGGCCCACCUUACCACAUCCUGGUCGAUACCAACUUUAUCAACUUUUCCAUUAAAGCCAAACUGGAUUUGGUGCAGUCAAUGAUGGACUGUCUGUAUGCCAAGUGUAUCCCUUGUAUAACUGACUGCGUAAUGGCUGAAAUUGAGAAAUUGGGGCAGAAGUAUCGAGUGGCUCUAAGGAUUGCCAAGGAUCCAAGAUUUGAACGAUUACCAUGCACACACAAAGGAACCUAUGCAGAUGACUGCUUAGUGCAAAGAGUAACUCAGUGGGUCUCUUCCAGCACAAGUGUUACAUUGUGGCCACAGUUGACCGGGACCUUAAGCGAAGAAUCCGGAAGAUCCCUGGAGUUCCCAUCAUGUACAUUUCUAACCAUAGGUACAACAUUGAGCGGAUGCCAGAUGAUUAUGGAGCCCCUCGGUUCUAAUUCUUAAAAGACAAAUUUCCUCUGCCUUCCUUCAACCAACUUUCUCUUUUGCCAGUUCAUUAAACAUGCUAUAGCAUGAAUUAUUAUUCCACUCACCCAUUUGCUCUGUAAUGAGCUGAGUAUGGUUAAAUACACUCACUUUUUAAUGUUGUUUUGAAAAUUAUAUUUUGUGUCAUUUUAAAAUUUGUUGCAUCUUUUUAUAAAUCAGAUAAUUGCUCACAUAA